GAUUUCAAGAUCCCACCCCACCCACCACAUCAUAGCCCACAUCUCGAAAGCCCGCCCAAACAAACGGACAGGCGCUGAAGCAUUUAGCAAACAGUUUGAAUAACAAAAUUUCUAUUUUCUAGAGCAGUUAUGAAGAUUUCCAUCCGCACGCUGGACCAGCGCACCAUCAAACUGGAAAUGAGUGACUCGCAGGAUGUGCGGGCACUGAAGCAACGUCUGGGCAGCAUGCCGGAAGUGGCCAUUCCCGUCGAGAGUCAGCAACUGAUCUACGGCGGCCGGAUCAUGGAGGAUGCACUGCCACUUAGCGACUACAAAAUAGCCGAGGACAAGUUCAUUGUGCUCAUGGGAAAGAAGAUGCCUCCGGCGAAGCCUGCAGGAACGGCGGCUGAGGAGAACGUGCCUCCAACGCCGCCAUUAACCGCCGGUCCCAGCGAAACCCGGACCCAUGAGAUUCCACCGCUGUCGCCGGCACCGGCACUGGUAAUGGCUCCGCCACCGGCGCCACCAUCGAUGACUCCCAACGAGCAGCGAGUGAGAGAUCUCAUGGCCAUGGGCUAUGGCGAGCAGGAGGUGCGAGCCGCUCUCCGAGCAAGUUUCAAUCACCCGGAACGUGCCAUAGAGUAUCUGAUUAGUGGGAUUCCCCAAAAUGCUCCGCAACCGGCUAAUGCAACGGCCAGCGGGCCGGCCCCGAAUCUACAGCCAUGGAUGUCCGAUCCUCGGUUUGCUCGGGUGCGUGAUAUGCUACGCCAGAACCCGGAGCUCCUUGAGGUAGUCUUAUCGCGUCUGGCCGAGACCGAUCCUUCCGCCUUCGAAGCGAUUCGUGACCAUCAGGACGAGUUUCUGAGUAUGAUCAAUGGGAGCAGUGCAGGCAGCGUUGGCGAAGGCAGCGAUCUCAGCGAGGACUCCGAGAUGGAUGCGGCCAGUCGUCACCAGAUAACACUGACUAGCGAGGAGGCUGCCGCGGUGGAGCGUCUCGUUUCGCUGGGCUUCCAUCGCGACCUGGCCGUGCAGGCGUAUUUGGCGUGCGAUAAGAACGAGGAGCUGGCUGCCGACAUCCUUUUCCGUCAGUCCGAGGACGAGGAAUAGGAACGGGCCUAAAUAAAAUAAGAGAGCGCACGUAAAUGUUGCCAGAACAUAA